AUGACCUACGAUGUUUAUCAUCCGCCUCAAGUUCCUUCUCAGCAAGGUUCUGCUAGCCCCGAGUCGAUCUCUUCUCGUCUCUCGCCUCCUGUUUCUUCUACUUUAUCUCCACCAUUGCUCUCUCCUCAUACAACUAUCACUGAGAAGAUUGCCAAUGUUAACAAGUUGCCUGAAUCAUUUUUACCCGAAUUCCAUCAAUACUCAAAGGAAACUUACGAAAAUGGAUCUUCAAAUAACAAAAAGCGUAGACGUGCAAACAAGCAUGACGACGAUAACAGUAACAGCAACAGCUCUUCCUCUGAGGAAGAUAUCGAUGGUGUCUCUGCCCAAGAAAUCCGUAGACAAAUUCAUAUCCAAUCCGAACAAAAGCGUCGCGCUCAAAUCAAGGAUGGUUUCGAAGAAUUGCGCCAACAUCUGCCUGGUUGCAUUAACAAAAAGAUGAGCAAAGCUGCCUUAUUGCAUAGAACUGUCCAACACUUGCAACAUCUUAAAAGAAACCAAGCGUCACUUUUGGCUGAAUUGGAACGCAUGAUGAGUGAAAAUGAACAACUGAGAAAGUUCCAAGAGUCCAUCUUGCAAAAGCAAGCACUCGAAAGAAUGUACCAGGUCAACAUGUAA